AUGGCCCCCUUCCGGGCAUCUAUCUGGACUUGGGUCCUCCUGGGAGGUUCUCUCUGGCUAUCUGUGCUCUGGGUACUGUUGUGCCCUGUCUGUUCCCAUAGCCCGCCAAAAUGGCGCUUCACUACCUCUGAAGUUGUGAUUCCCAGGAAGGUCCCCCAGAGGAUGGGUAGAAUUGAUAUGCCAGCCGAGAUCACCUACAGCAUGCGCUUCAGGGGACAAAGACACGUGGUCCACAUGAAGCUCAAGAAGAACAUGAUUCCUGAAAAUUUUCCUGUAUACACUACUAACGACCAAGGAGCCGAGCAGGAGGACUACCCAUUUGUUCCUCGAGACUGUUACUUCUACAGCUACCUGGAAGGGGUCCCUGGGUCCCAGGCCACACUAGACACCUGCAAUGGAGGUCUCAAUGGCAUGCUACAGGUGGAUGACUUCACUUAUGAAAUCAAACCACUGGCAUCUUCUUCCAAAUUUGAGCAUGUAAUUUCUCUGCUUGUGGUGGAAGAAAGAUCACUUGAGUCUAAAAGGUGUAGAAACGAAGAGCAGGUGGCAGAGGCAGAUAAGUCCCUUGAAGAGACAAAGCUUGUUGGGAGUCCCAGAGCAGCUCCAGUCUACUUGUGGCGCGUGCAUGUGAAAGUACUCCGAGUCCACUACACGAUGACUUCUAGAUUAGCUAUGGCAAUCAACAACUUUACCCGUUCGCUUGACUUUAUAUUGGUUAUGAACAGCCUAUCAGACACCAUUUACAAGCUAAGUGGCCUAGCUGUCUUUGUACGUGCUAUAUGUCUUUGGGACACAGACCCAAUAAAUAUAACCAAUUCUGCAAACAAUGCUGAUAGCCUUUUGGACUCAUUUGGUAAUUAUAAAUCAAAAUUUCAUCAUGAGUUACAGGCCUCCACUUCAGUCAUUUUAACAGGAUUUAGAAUUCAACAACAUGAAUACAUGGGUCAGAGUAACACUCUGUGCCAGCACAACCGGGCAGUGUCAUAUGUAAAUGCUGAAAGGCGCCACGUGUUUAUGACAGCCGUGGUUAUGUCUCACUCAAACGGUCACGUUAUUGGUUUACAGCAUGAUGCUCCAGGCUGUUAUUGUUUCAGAAGAAGCAACUGUCUCAUGCGUGAAUAUCCCCUUCUCACGGAUAUGUUAAGUAAUUGCUCCCAAGCUGUAGUACAUAAGAGGAUCCAUGAAUGGGAUGAAUGCCUGAGUGAAAAUCGUGUUCAAUAUGACAAUUUUAAAUAUGCAGCUCCUCGCUGUGGAGAUAAGAAGGUGGAUGAGGAUGAGGAAUGUGACUGCGGCUCCUUGAAAGAGUGUGCCUUCAACAGGUGCUGUACAACCACUUGCGUCUUUACUCAGGGCACUACUUGUAAUAUAGGAGGUUGCUGUAAAGAGUGUGCAUUUGCACCAUUUGGAACUUUGUGCAGAGACAAACUUGGCAUUUGUGACCUUCCGGAAUACUGUAAUGGAAUCUCCCAGAAUUGCCCGGAAAAUUUUUACAUCCAGGACGGAACUCCCUGCUCACCACUAGCAGUUUGCAUGUCAGGAAAUUGCAGUGAUCGUAAUUUGCAGUGCCAAGCUCUUUUUGGAUAUGAAGUUAAGGAUGCUAACCCAAUAUGCUAUAAAUUAAAUACCAUAGGUGACCGAUUUGGAAACUGUGGAGUGAAGAAACAGCGAGGGGGAAGCCAACCUCUCCCAUGUCAAGAUGACGGUAUUUUUUGUGGACUGCUACAUUGUGAUGGUGUCAGUCUUGUUCCUGGUGGUGGUGAGCACACUACAUUUCAUCACAUAAAGGUACAAGACAUCAAGGAAGAGCAGUGCUUUGGGUAUGAUGCACACCAUGGGACAGAAGUUCCAGAAAUGGGGCUUGUAGUGGACGGUGCAACCUGUGGCCCUGGGAAAUACUGUAAAAACAAAGCCUGUGUUUUUCAUCAAACCUUGAAUUUUAAAUGCAACAUCAGCAACUGUAAUUUCAGAGGGGUAUGUAACAACAGAGGCAAUUGUCACUGUAUGCAAGGUUGGCAGCCACCACACUGUGAACAAAGAGGAGCAGGUGGCAGUCCAGACAGUGGCCCUACAAUUUCCUCUAAGAAAAGAUUUCGAGCCAAAAUACGUGUGAGUGUGAACAGGAUAUUACUUGUCUUAUUUACUCGUAUGGCUCUUAUCUUGGUGUCACUUCUUUUGGGUGGAAUUUCAAGAGCAAUAAAAACUUAG